AUGUACGAGGAACUUCCCAUCUUCUACACACGCCGAAUAGAAUUGAGGCAGCGAUUGGCUAGUGCCAUCAAUGAGGAUACAUCCAGUGCUAGUGAUGUGCUUAGCAAUAUUUUGCGUACAAUGGAGGAGAGUAGCAUUAACACAAGUAGUAUUGAUAAGGAGGAGGAUAGUAAAUCAAGUAGUGACGAAGACUCCGAAAGUGAGGAUAAUAUUACAACCGCUAUGAUAAUAACUACAAUGUUAACGGUACUAACAAACAUCAUUCCUGUUCUAGAACAAUCAAAUAUCGUGCCUAGAGGAUCACUUGUGUAUCGGUUUCGGCCAUCGUUCGAUGAGAUCGCUGACACAUGCUACAAAUGA